UCUCGGUGGAAAAAGGAAAUGCGCACUUGUCUGUGCAAAAGUGGGUUGUGGGCGGGGUGGGCGAGCACUCGAGGAAACCCGGACUUGUCAGAGUGCGCGGAAGUCGCUCUGUCGACUGCCCUUUUGCAACUGGGAAUUCGAGGUUUUCUGGCUUGCAAGCGUCCGUGUAAGGCAUCACAGUGUUAAUGGAGAAACUCAUCUGUGCCAAAGGUAGAACGUCUGUCCGCAAAGGGCAGUGCCUGAUGUAUGUGGCGCCCCAGAAAGUCGUUUUGGCGUCCCCGUAGUAGAUCGUAGAAACCAAUGGUUAUGGGAGGUAGAAAUGAAAUCCUAAAGAACUCGUAGUGACCUCUUUCCUUCCUGUAGUUCUGCGCGGCGAGAAAAGCAUUUCCUUAGGUAGCGAUCUGGCAUCAGCCCGUACUAGCUGUUUUGUGAAACGAGGGAGAGUCAAUCACUCGCGAGUCACAAAUGUAUUUAGUGAACACUUGAUCACUGUUUUUAUUGAACACCUACAAAAUACGGCGUUUAAGUCAAAAGUUUUGAUCUCCCCUCCCUGUCCCCACUUCGAUACUUCCUAAGCGCGCAACCCGGGGGUCGUUCUCUUUCAUUGACCAUAGCAGGUAGAACAAAGAAAAGGGUGAAGUGCUUCGCCUGCAGUUUUCUGGUCGAGUCAUCGGAGCUAAUCGCGAGAAGCACUCUGUAAAAGUCAGCUAAAAUGUUAAACACAAACCCUCGACAGUUGAAGUUUGAGUCCACAUCGGUCACGCUGCAGGCGGAUGCACACAUUCCUGCUCUGUCUCGUUUUCUCAAGAGUGACGUGAAGAACCGGCUUUUCAGAUGCUCGCAUGGUCAGGACCACCGUACUGAGAGCCUGAAGUUUUGCUUGUAAGGAGUUCCGUUUCUCUCACGCGCGGUCGCUGCACCUUCCAAGAGGAUCUUCCGACUUCGUUUUGCAUUGUCUGUACACAGGUGCUUCGCGCGACACGAAAUUGCGAAACUGCAGAACGCGAGUCGACUAAACAGAAACUUCUCUUUCUAGAGAGAGAGCUACGUGCGUGUAAACGGCUGAAGGUCUCUGUUGCGUGUGCACCAAGGAACCUUUUCCUCGCAAAUCCCGAAGUGAAGGGGAGAUUUUCUUCUAAACAGAACACCAACUUACAAACAUAGCGGUUGAAGGCUGUUACCUCUGCACGUUAGGAAUAAAACAGGUGCUACAGCGAGCUGUAAAGCUGCAAUGAGCCAGGAGACACAGUGGAAGACUCGUCCAGCCUUUUUAUCCGCAUGCUCGCGCGAAAUUCUACAACGACGGUGUCAAGGCGCGCGCUGGAUAGCCGGUGAUGACAAAGGACGCGAGCUUCUCACGUUUUAAUUUCGUGGUCUCCCAGAAACGGCAAAAAGCACGUUUUUUCGCGCGUCUCAUGCCCGGUUGCCUCCAGUGUGCGCAUGCAACGCGCAGCUUCUGCGGAUUCGACGCGCGUCUCUGCGCUUGCUGUUUCCGGUCUGGACGCAGCUGCAAACGUCGGUGCUUUUCACUUCGUCCGCGAUUUUAGAGGACCGGAAUCGCGUCUGGAAAACGAGUUAGAAGAAGUCGUUCCACUUCUUCUUUUCUCUGCGAGAGCUCCGUGGCUCCACUUUGCUCCGGUGUCUCCGCGGCUGCGUAAAGACUUUCCACGUUCGAUUUUCCUUUUAGUUUCUGAAGUUAUGCGUUGUCUUUCCACGAGCGCCUUCUCGCGAUCAAAAGUGGUGGCUGUAAACCUCGCAGUUCCUUUUCUGCCGGACGGGACCUCGCUCUCAAUUCUCCGUUCGCCGGUUUUCGCCGGUCGCGUCUCUGUUCUGCGCGAACUGUUCUGUUCUCCCUUAACGCGUAGAGCACUCGCGUUGCAUGCGGAGGACGCAAAAUGGCGGAGACAAGCGGAGACUGGAUGCAGGAGCGCAGCUGGAUUGAGCCUGAAGGAGAUUUUCUGCGAAAGUCUUACGAACAGUUGCCGCAGCUUUCGCUCGACGCUAACUGUCUCGACACCGCAAGCCGCGACUCUGCUCUCUCGCCUCGCCUGCCCCCGGCCUCGAGCACGACAGAGACGAACUCCCGAGGCAGACACAGGAAACCUCACACACGGCGACCUAGAAGAAAUGACGGCGAAGAUGAAGGAGAAGAUGGAAGCGAAGGAGCAGUCGACGGAGAAGAUGGAAGCGAAGGAGCAGUCGAAGGAAACGAUGGAAACGAAGGAGCAGUCGAAGGAGAAGGUGGAAACGAAGGAGCAGUCGAAGGAGAAGAUGGAAGCGAAGGAGCAGUCGAAGGAGAAGAUGGAAACGAAGAGAGGAAAGAGUCACUUGAGUUUGAUGACGACUCGGCGACGAGUUCUCUUCGGAUUCGAUGCCGUCGAUGCGAACAGCUUAUGGAGUUCGAUCCUGGAAGCCGAUUCGUACAGUGCUGCCGAUGCUCAGCGAUCAACCAGGUUCUGCGACGCGGGGAAGACGGAGUGCAUGCAGGCGGAGAGGUUCUCGGCAUGAUCUGUGCAAGGUGUUUAACGACGAACUUGACUCCGAGCGACAAGCGCUUGGUUCGUUGCGGGGUCUGUGGAACUAUUUCUGUGGUGCAUGCAAAAUUGCGAGCGAAUUCUGAGCAGCCCCCCGAGUAGAGUGUCGGAGGGGAAGAAGGACGUUUUCAUAGCGCGAAAGAAAAGGAUGGAACGGGGGAAACACGACGUUGCCGAAGCGGCCUCGCGCACCCUCGAAACUACGAAGUCGAGACGGCAAAAAACCGGUCUAGGCUCGCAGAGAACACUGGAGAUAGCGAGCACGUUGCCUGUGGGCAGUUCAACCGGCCUUUGCCCUUGUCAGAAGACGCAGGCGCAUGCAGGAUUCGUUUCUGCACUCACACAGAAGCUUUCGGCGCAUAGAGAGAGGGGGUGAAAACAGGUUUCGGUCGGUUUGCAGAGCGUUUUAGAAACUGGAUUUUUAAAAACGACUUUGCUAUCCGAACAGUAGUGAAGUCAAGGGUGUCGUGUGAAAUGUACUUCACGGUUUACACGCUUCACUUUACUGUAUAGGGAAGAGAUGGCUGUUUCGGCGGCGACUGACAACAACGCGACUUGACCACCGGUGCCUUCCAGAAAGGGUGGCAGGUUUGCCCGUAGGCAAAAAGCUUUUCGGGAGACACAGAAAAACGCCGAGAAGGCUGCGAGUCGACUGCAGAAGUGUGUGUGCGCUCGUGUCUUUCCAGAACGGUUCACGUAGCGACCUCUUGAUUCCUUUUGUUUUGGUAUGUCUGUCUGCAUGCGCGUGUGUAAAACCACACAGCGACAGGGAACUUGGGGCAAGCCGUGUCUUGUGGCGGAACUUUUUGUCUCUCCUUUUUUUCGACUUCCGACGGUCAGGUUUCUGCGAAUCUCCACUUACAGAUGAGAUUCGUGUAGCGUUCUUCAACUUUGUAAAACCAUGUUUUCCAGAGUAACUGACGAGCGCUGUGUCA